AUGCAAUAUUUCGGAGCUGGACGCGCAGUCCUCCUGCUGGGCUGGCUGAGCUGGGCCAUCCACCUUGCAGCCGCCUACAAAGUACCAUUCACAGACUCAGACUACUCGCGUCAGGCAUGCUCGGGAAUGUGGGGAGGCGAUUCUGCCUUCAUAAAUGUCACCUUCGAUAGCGCCUCGUCCCAAGGACAGGUUUCUAUGGUUAUAUACGAGUGGAAAGAUGUUGAUUAUCUUGGGAAAGUCACCUCCGAGACCGAUGACUCCCUUCCCAGGACGUACGUGUGCACAACGGAUGCGCUCAAAGCCGGUUUCUGCGAUGUAUCCCAACUCGGCACCUUCAUUCUUGACCUUCCUCCCGAUAAGCCCGCCAACGAGACCAGCUUCUGGUUGGCACGGUUAUCUCUAACUCAAGUCGGAGAGAGUGAUUCAAGUGAGAGUUUAGAAAGCACAGGUGGGCUCUGGGAUAAUCCAGAGGGAAACCCCAUAGUUCCUCCUGAAGACUAUACCUCUCCCUGGCGGUCACGCAGCGUCGCCCCGGUUGUAGUCCACCCUCGUCAAUCACAAAGCGGUGCACUUUCCUACAAAGAUCCCAUCCAAUACGAGGUCAGGUACACAGGCUAUUAUUGCGUUGCCAUCGUUCCUGUCACAGUCUUGAAUGGUGCCCGCCAAGCAUCGACCGACGUUCCUUACCAUCCAACGUAUAAUGGUGUCAUCCUUUUCCAGAAUACUUUCAGUGGCGAACUUGCCGCUGCAGAUUACCCCAAAGUUAAUUUCUACUUCGUCAUGUUUCUGGCAUACGUUGCGUUCGGCUCGUUGUGGGCCUGGCAGUGUUACAAGCAUGUCACGGAACUGCUCCCAAUUCAGCAUUACUUGUCUGGUCUGGUGGGAUUCCUUGUUGUCGAGAUGAUUGCGAGCUGGGUUUACUAUCGAUAUCUCAACGCACAUGGUCGAAACACGGCUGCGACUGUGUUCCUCUUUGUAGUAUCCAUACUCGAUGCGGGACGUAAUGCACUUUCAUUCUUCAUGCUUCUUGUCGUAGCUCUGGGAUUGAGUGUUGUCAGAGAAGAUUUGGGGCGUACGAUGCUGCGAUGCCAGAUUUUGGCUGGCGCUCAUUUUAUCUUCGGAGUGCUGUACGGAGUAGGAAUCGUGGAGCUGGAGCUGGAGUCAACAUCAGCCUUGAUUCUGCUUAUGUUCAUUAUUCCAUUGGCCUUUACACUGAGCGGGUUUUUCAUGUGGAUAUUAUACGCCCUGAAUGGAACAAUGACCAACCUCGCAGCUCGCAAACAGCGCUAUAAGCUGACAAUGUUCAAGCGCCUCUAUCAUAUCUUGCUAGCAACUGUCAUAAUCAUUGCCGUCUUCUUCGUCAUAUCUACCUUGUCAUUCUCCGAUCGCUACGCUGAAGACUACGCGGCUAAGUCCUGGCGCACCAGGUGGUGGCUUUUGGAUGGCUACCUUGCAAUCCUCUACUUUGUAGCCUUCUGGGCAAUUGCUUACCUCUGGAGGCCAACGGAAACCAACCGCAGAUAA